AUGCUUAACUGGCCCAAACCUACCACCGUAAAGGAACUAGAACGGUUCCUAGGGUUCUCCAACUACGACCGCCGGUUCAUCCGAAACUGCAGCAGCACAACAGCUCCUCUCUCAGCCCUCACCAGCCAAAAAACCUGUACCCUCCAAUGGACCGACACUGCCCUUACUGCAUUUGAAACCUUGAAACGCCUCUUCACCUCUGCACCCAUCCUUAGGCAGCCAGAUCCUACCCUUCCUUUUGUUCUGGAGGUGGAUGCUUCCGAGAUCGGAGUAGGUGCGAUUCUCUCUCUGCGGGUCGGGACACCUCCCAAAUUACACCCAUAUGGCAUCUUCACCAAGAAACUGUCACCCGCUGAGAGGAAUUAUGAUGUCGGGAACCGAGAGCUUCUCGCCAUGAAGCUGGCUAUUGAAGACCAGCUCCCGAGCCCAUCCUGCCUCCAUCUUGCGUCGUGGGACCCAUACAGUGGGAAAUCCAAUCAGCCGUCCAAGAGGCCCUACUCCACGACCCAGCACCUCUCAACGCCCCUGCAGGCAAGACCUACGUUCCGGCAUCUUGUGUCCUCGGGUACCAACCCCACGUGUUCCCAUGGGAGAUGGAGCCCGGAACUGUGCCUGCCAUUGAUGAGUGGUUUCGACGGAGCGAGCAGGUUUGGGAGACCGCACAUCGGCACCUCCAACAAGCGUCCCUCUCCCAGAAGCGGUUUGCUGACCAGCAUCGCCAACCUACUCCACUCUUCCACCCUGGGCAACUUGCCCCGCUAUUACCGGAUCUCCUCAUCCUUCCAUGUGUCCCUCCUGUGUCCCUCUCCAUCCUCCUGUGGGACCUGCACUGUCCACAGCAACCCCCACUACAGCACCUUUGACGGGGCCAACUUCCGCUUCGUGGGACCCUGUACCUACGUCCUGACCCGGGUGUGCUCGCCCUUUGCACCCUCUGAGACACCCCUGUCCCACUUCAGUGUGGAGGUGAAGAAUGAGCUGAGAGGGAACUCCUCCGUGUCUGCUGUUCAGCAGGUCAAGGUGGAAGUGGAGAACCUCAGGGUCUCCCUGCACAAGAAACAAAACCAUCGGGUCAUGGUCAACGGUAUUUGGAGGAAACUCCCUCUGAGCCUCAAUGGUGGCACUGUCAACAUCCAAGGCACCGCCGCUUCCAUCGUUGUGGAGACAAACUUCAGCCUGUUUGUAUCCUACAACGACGCCGGUGCUGUCCAUAUCACCGUUCCCGUAUCGUACUCCGAUAAAGUCUGUGGCAUGUGUGGGAACUUCAACCACCUGAGAGACGAUGAUUACCGCACACCUGGCAGUUCCGAGGCCGAAGACUCUGCCACAUUCGGACAGAACUGGCAGAGCGAGGCCUGUGACUUGACCGUCGUCCCCAUUGAGUGUCAACCAACUGAUGAGGCGGAGUAUGUCAGCGAGCCAUACUGUGGGUCCCUGAUCUCCAGGCAUGGGCCUUUCUCUGGCUGCCAGUCUGUUCUGGGAGCAGAGAGCUACUUCCGGAGCUGUGUGGCGGGGAUGUGUGGAGCGGAUGGUGACCCAGAGGUGCUGUGUGAAGCCCUGCAGUCCUACUCCGAUAUGUGUCUCAAGGCCGGGGUGCUGGUACCAGCCUGGAGGAACUCGACUAUGUGUCCCCUGGAGUGUGGUGCGAACAGCCACUACAAUGCCUGUGCUAAGGGCUGCCCUGAGGUCUGCUCCAGCAUGGAUAAUCAAGGGGCGUGUGGGAGGUGUGAGGAGAGGUGUGUGUGUGACCCAGGCUUCAAGCUCAGCGGGGGGAGUUGUGUACCUGCAGAGGACUGCGGCUGCUGGAUAAAGGGAGAACACUAUGAAAGAGGAGAGACGUUCAUGGAAGGUGAGUGUGAUCGUGUGUGCCAGUGUAUGGGUGGGGACAGACUCCAGUGUGCUGCUUCCUCCUGCGCGGCCGACGAGGUGUGCAAGGUCAAGGAAGGGGUCAACGGUUGCUUCCUCUCCAGCCCGGCAACCUGCCACGUCUACGGAGACCCCCACUACAUCACCUUUGACGGGAAGGCAUACACCUUCCAGGGGGGCUGCAGCUAUACCUUAGCCAAGACUUGCGGCGGACACACACCCGUCCAGUUCUCAGUGACGGGCCAGAACUGGAACCCCAGAAACGAGAGCAGUGCCAAGCUGGGCACAGUGGUUCUGGAGACAAGCGGUCUGCAUGUGAAGAUGCAAAACUACAGUGCCACAGUGAACCAUGUUUGGCAGCAUCUUCCUGUUACAGUAAACGGCACAUACGGCGAGGUGAAGCUGUAUAAGAAGAAGCAGUACACUGUCAUGGAGACGACUUUUGGCCUCCGGAUGCUGCUGGACGACCAGAGCAGGCUUUUCCUGCAGCUGGACGAGCGCUACAAGGGUAAGAUGUGCGGCCUUUGUGGUACCUACUCCGAUGACCAGGGGGAUGACUUCCUGACCCCUAACGGCACCAAACCCGAGACCAACGUGGUCACGUUCGCCAACAGCUGGAGAGUGAAUAGUCCGGAAGACGAUCGAUGUGUUGCCUCCCCCCCUGCCCCCCAACCAUGUGACUCCCAUUUGGAUGAACAGGGCUACCGGGAGUGUUCCAAAAUGCUGCGCGAAGCCUUCAAGCACUGCCACCCCUUCGUCCACCCCACACCCUACAUCGACAGCUGUAUGUCCGACCACUGUGCCUCCGGUGGGAACAUGCAUGUGACAUGUGACUCCCUGAGGUCCUAUGUGACCACCUGCGAAGUGGCCAAUGUGACCCUGCCUCCCUGGUGGAACGACACCGCCUGUGAUAGUCUACCUGGACCUCCCACAAUACCACCAGUUACUACACCUGACAAGGAACUUUGUCCUCUAGACUGCAACUUUGACAACAGCGAGUGUGGGUGGGAGCAAAUUAUUCAGGACAGUUUUGAUUGGAGGAGACUGAGAGGCCCAACCCCAUCUGACCUCACAGGGCCAACCCAAGACCAUACCACAGGAGGUGGCUCCUACAUGUACAUUGAGGGUGACGGUGUUUAUCACGGAGACUCUGCUCGUAUGAUGAGCCCUAAGUGCCAAAACGGGCCGGGCCAAUACUGCCUGCGCUUCUGGUACCACAUGUACGGACAGGCCACAGCCAUGGCUCUCAAUGUCUACCAGCUUGACCAGCACAACGGAAACAAAAAACUGUGGUCCAAAGCCAACAACCAGGGCUCCACAUGGUAUCCGGCAGAAGUGGAUAUUAUAAUCGAUGGGUCAUUCAAMAUCAUCAUGGAGGGAAUACGAGGCUCUGACCCUCGGUCUGAUGUAGCAUUUGAUGACGUCUCCAUCCACUAUGAAUCAUGCUCAGGUUCUUCAAUUGGUGGUAUUAGUGGAGCUUCAGUUCCUUCCUCAGUUGAUGGAGGAGUGGCCCCACACCCAGUCUGCAACCUUGAUUGCGCUUUCGAGCAGGACCUCUGCGGUUUUACCCAGCUGAUGACAGACGUUUUUGAUUGGACAAGGCACAGUGGCUCAACCCCCACUGCCAUGACUGGGCCAUCAGCUGACCACACAAAAGGAAGUCCAUUUGGUCACUACUUGUACAUCGAGGCCAACAGUGUGUCUAACGGAGACACGGCUCGCCUCCUUAGCUCUGAGUGUUCUGACCCCGGUCCUCAGUGUCUGCAGUUCUGGUACCACAUGUCUGGCUCGGCCGAGACCAUGGGUCUGCACGUCUACCUGCUCCAGGGCCGCUACGUGGAUGGGGUGUGGGGGAAGAGGAACAACCAGGGAGACUCAUGGCAACGGGCUCAGGUGGAUCUGAUGACCACUGGAACUUUCCAGAUCAUCUUCGAGGGCCACAGAGGCACCACUGAUCAGUCCGACGUGACUAUAGAUGAUGUAUCUCUGCAUCGUGGACGAUGUGCAGACUUGAUUAAGCCACCAACACCAACAGAGAAACCUGUACUCCCUCCAGUGGACAAGGCCACCACUGCACCAGCUCCAACUGCUACAAGACCUGAACCACCCACAACAACUAGGCCACAACAACCAACAACUGAUAGACCAGAAACACCAAGACCAACAACUGAAAGACCAGAAACACCAAGACCAACAACUGAAAGACCACAACCACCUAGACCAACAAAUGAAAGACGAAGACCACCUAGACCGACAACUGAAAGACCACGACCACCUAGACCAACAACUGAUAGACCAGAAACACCCAGACCAACAACUGCAGAACUAGGAACACCAAGACCAACACUGGGCAAAACCAGAAACACCAAGAACAACAACUGCAAGACCAGAAACGGCCCGAAGACCAACAAACUGCAAGACCAGAAACACCAAGACCAACAACUGACAGACCAGAAACACAACAAAGACCAACAACUAAACACCAAGACCACAACUGCAAGACCACACCACACUAGACCAACAACAGAAAGACCACAAACCCUACAACCAACAACUGAAAGACCUCGACCACCGAGACCAACAACUGAAAGACCACGACCCCCAAGACCAACAACUGAAAGACCACGACCCCCAAGACCAACAACUGAAAGACUACGACUACCUAGAUCAACAACUGAAAGACUAGGUCUACCUAGACCAACAACAGAAAGACUACGACCACCAAGACCAACACUUGAAAGACCACAAACCCUACAACCAACAACUGAAAGACCACGACCACCAAGACCAACAACUGCAAGACCACAACCGCCCACCACAGCAAGACCAACGCCAUCUUGCCUAAAGAACAGCCAUUACAUCUCCUGCAUCUCCGCCUGCCAGCCCACCUGUAAGCACCUCCACGGCCCUCCCGACUGCAGUGCUGACGAGCCCUGUGUACAGGGUUGUGUAUGUGACGACGGCUUUGUUCUCAAACAGAGGGUGUGUGUCCCCAUCCAGCAGUGUGGCUGUGUGGACAGCAAUGGCAACAGUCAUAACUUUAAAGAGAACUGGUACACUGAGCACUGCCAUCAAAAGUGUGAGUGUGAUGAAGGCGAUGGUGUGGGGGAGAUUGACUGCGACGAUGAAAAUGGGUGUGAUGAGGAUACCGUCUGUUUCCAGAAUGAAGCCGGACAGUAUUUCUGCAAGUCAACAGACUUCAGCGAGUGCUCUAUCAAUGGAGAGCCAGAGUACAGAACUUUUGACAACAUGAAGCACGACUUUGAGGGCAGAAACUCCUACAUUCUGGUCCAGACCACAAGCCUGUCCAAGAACCAGCCAGACGUCUACAUCGAGGCCAUCAUUGAGAUCGUCAACCAGGAUGGUGUUGACAGUCAUAGGGACAGUAGGCAUGGUGACAGUGGUCAUGGUGACAGCAAUGAUGAGGAUGACAAGCAUAAAGACAACAAGGAAAGGGACAGCAAUGAAGACAGCCAUGAUCACAGCAAAGAGAACGAKAGCCGUCUGCGACUCAGAGGACUGAAGAUCAGAGUCUAUAACCACACAGUGGAGUUCAGAAACAACAGGAAACUUGUUCUGGACGGUAGGAGCACCCGUGCCCCUGUCUCACCAGCAGGUGGUCUGAGGAUUCUGGAGCGUUCCUCUCGUAUCUACCUGAAGACAGACUUCGGCCUCUCCGUGGAGUUUGAUGGAGACAGCAGAGCAGAGAUCAUCCUGCCCCACACCUACAAGAGGAGGGUGGGCGGCCUGUGUGGCAACUUUGACGGCAAGAAGAAGAACGAUAUGACGAAGCCCAACAGCAACCAGGCCAAGAGCAUCAAGGAGUUCAGAGAGAGCUAGAGAGUGACGGAGGACAGACUGAGCAUAACAUGGAAAGGAUCGUCUUCCCUUCGUAACGUUGUCUAUGGCCAGUGACCUCACCUCCAUGCAUCAAGACCAUUGAUUGUGUAAUAUUCUUCUCAUAGGCAGACUUUCCUUCCUACAAUGGACACAGUGUAUUUGAAAGUACUUGGGUUAAACAAAAAAAAGCUUGUGUUUUUGUGGACUGUAUGGAAAAUAGAUCAAUGAAGUAUUCUACUUCUUCUAUAUGACUGUUGGUUUAAAUCCUGUUGUUACUGCGGCUUAUGACCCACCUGUAUGCCUUCUGAGAUCUCUUUCAGUCUUACUAUAGGUUCUUUGCACAGUUUACCUAGUGUAUGAAUCAAUGUACACAAGUUACAUAUUUGUGUAUUACUGCUAAUGUGUACUAUAUAUUCAAAAGCCCACAUUCCUUUAGAUUUAGGCUGAUGUCCAAUAGUUCAGUGACUGUAAUGUGCAAUAUUACUGUAUGAUAAUAGAAAACUAUGUAAACAAAGGAUGCAAGUGUUUUAGCUGAUGUUUUAUCCCACUGAAUGUAUGUUUUAUUUCUUGAAUUAUAUAUCUAUGAUUGAUAUGAAUUUUAUGAGAUCUUAUAAAUAAUGA